UCACUCGAGAUAAUAAUUUCAUGAAAUGAAUUCAAUUUUCAAUUAGUUGUGUAAUCAGUCCCCAUAAGUGAUGCGCCCUGACUAAAUAUGAUUAUUGUCUUAAAUAAGUGUUGCUAAUUGCUAGGAGUCAUUGGUAAUGGUUUCCCCAUCCAUGACCUAACCUUAUUAUUGUGAGAAGUAAGAAUUGUUUUUUUUUUCUAGAGGUUCGCCUGUACACUUGGUACUGGCAUGGGACAUCACCACCUUGGCCACUGAUGGCAUACCUUGCCCUCUUGAUUCAGGAACUUUAAAUACCUCCAACCUCAUUUUCACCUAAUGUUGUGGCUGUUUGACCUUUGCUUCUUUCUACCUUAUUUCUUCCUAUUUACCAUCUUAUGUAAGAAUAUAAACCCAAUGUUUGUCUUCAUUGAAAGGAGUAUAUAGCUUUUCGCUGCUGUUCAUCUGAUUGUAGGGUGAAGAUAGCCUCUUCAUGUGAUAUCCUAAACUUCACCUACCUUGAAUGCCUCCUCCAUUGCGAGGAUAAUGUAUAUAGAGCUCCUGGCGGUGAUUUGGUCGACGAUGGCGUUGUCAUCGUCCGGAAGGAGGUUCGCUUGAAGUCAUUUGCCUUUAAUCUUAUUAGGGCCAUUGUUUAAAAUUUCACAAAAGGAGGCUUGCCUCAAGACCCACCUUAGCUCAAUUAAAAAGAAAAUGUCAUGAGGUGAGUGCCUCAGCUUGGCCUGAUGAGGUGCAUCUCAGUGGGUUUGAGGUGUUCCUUUGUGUAAUUUCUAAGCACAAGCCUAAAAAAUGAGGGUUUUUGUGAUUUAAAAAUUUUGACUUAUAAAUUUAAUUUAUAAAAGAAUUUCAUUUUGUUAUUUCUCUUCACCUAUACUAAAAAUAAAUAUAAUCGAGAAUCAAAAUUGCACUCACCUUCUCAACUCCCAAUCAUAUGUUGCACUUGCACAAUGGUACUUGCACUCAAUUUCACAACUGCAAUUGAUGAUGAGGGAGAAGAGAAAGCGACUCACUAUAAUGAUGAUUCUUAUGAUGAUCCACUAAGUGAUGAGAGUAGGGAUGAUUUUUGAAUUCAUAAAUUAUAAUCUUAUUGACUUAGAAAACUUGUUUAUGUUGAAUUAAAAGAGGGAGAAACUUAUUUCUAUGAUCUUAUUUGAUAUUUUAAUUUGAUGUUAAUAUGUUAUGUAAUAUUUCAUAUUUUAUUAAUUUAAUGAUUUAAUGUUGAGGUUUAUGUCUUAAAACUCUUGAGGCUUACUUUUCGCCAAAAAAACAAAGAACGCCUUUAAACUUGAUUGCACAAUUCCAAACCUUGAUUAGUGCUUCAAAUUUGGCUCUUACUAGAGCUCAUUGUCAAACAAAAACCCCGAUUUGUUUUGUAUUUUUAUUGUUAAGCUAAGUUUGGCAUACCCACAAAAGAGUAAUGCUUAUUUGGAUUGCCAAAGUUUAAACUUUACAUCCAAUCCAAUAUGAAAAAUAUUUUUCCUGUAUUUAGUUUAUGGUAAUCAAACAACUUACAACUCUGACUAAUUAGAGUACAAUACAUUUAUUUUACAUCUUGAAUGCAUGACAAUCCCCAAGGUUUUUAGAUUGCUUUAAUAUGUUUGUAACUUCUUUUCAUGUUUUCCUCAUUUUAUUUUUUCCUUUUUUGUUCUUUUGUAGAGUUAUUGGUUUUCAAUAUGAUGCUCUUAUGAAAUUAAUUAGAUUUAAUUGAGUGGAUAAUAGGUUACUACAUCUUCAAUCAUCGAGUAGCUUCUUUAACUUUGGUUCUGUCAUGGUUCAGAAGGGAGUCGGCUAGGAAUUCUUUUCCUGCUAGCUGUAUGCAUAUUAGCUUUGAUUAUAGCUAUUAAUUUCUGAGGUUACGAUGCCAAAGAUCAGCAAAGAACUUUUGGAUCAUGUUGAGAGGCCUUCUCUACUAGAUGGCCUUCUUCUUAGCCGCAAGAAUCUCACACCUCAAACCUUAGAAAGUAAGCACCAGACCUAUGUGAACUUAAAAGAAAGGCCAUCAUUUACUCCGCUUCCUAAGAGCCAAGCUCUUGGAAAAGUGAAGGAAUUUCUUAAAGUCAUGGCUAAAGCUAAUCGAGACCUGGAGCUCAGGGCACAGGUGAACCCUUCUUCAAACUAUGAUGUUGAGGUGCUUAAUGAUGAUGAAAAGGAGUAUAUUGAAAUGGAUUUGCUUUUGGGUGUUGCUGAUCUUCAUAGUGAUGAAGCGGUCACUGCAGCAGAAGCAUCAAUGUCUGGCUUUCAGCCAGCAAUUGCAUCAGCUAGCAGCUAUUCUUCUGACAGCGAAGAUUCUUAUCUUGACAGUGAUGAUAAUGGCGGGGAAAACUAUAAUAGUAGCAAUACAACAUUCAAAUAUAACAGUAAGUCUACAAGACACCAUACAGAUAUUAAUGAAUUAUCAUCGGAGGCUAAGCGAAACAAAAGACCUAAGGUUGUCAUGCUCGACUAAAAGUGAGUUAUUUUUACUUCAUGGGAUGUUAUCUAAAGUCAUGAAGUGUUGGUAGACUUUAUCAAUAAUCUCAUUUGUUUAGAAGCAGGAUGGAGUUUGCUUUAUUGAAGCUGCUUCUCUUGGUCGAGCGACAACCUUAUGUUUUGCCAUUGAAUUAUAUGAGAGGGCUUUAGAUCCCAUAAAAUUGGUUUAGGAUUGCCAUUGAAGGUGUACUAUUUAAAUCUUGCUAUUUUUUUCCCUUAGAAGUAGUAUUUUGUAGCUAAAUUAAAAAAUUAUCCAUAAUGUUUUUUGGCUUUUAAAUUCAGCUUUUGUGAGCUUUU